AUGCGCCCAACUAGACCUCGCUACACCAUGUUCUACCCUGAAAGAAAAGAAUAUAUGCAUAGAUUAGUGUAUGAAAGUGACACCACGUGUCUUCAUCAACUAAGAAUGAAUAGGGCAACUUUCAUGACACUAUGUAAUUUGCUGGAGAGAGAUCGAAAGUUGAAGGCUUCUAAGUAUCUCCAAUUAGAUGAACAAGUUGCAAUUUUCCUAUACGUUUUGGCACAUCAUGUGAAGAAUCGAGUGGUGAAGUUUCAUUUUCACCGUUCAGGGGAGACUAUUAGUAAACAUUUCAACAAUGUGUUAAAUGCUGUUAUACGAUUGGAAAAUGGAUUGUUUAAGAAGCCAGAGCCAAUAUUAGAAACUUCAACAGAUGAAAGAUGGAAAUGGUUCAAGGGAUGUUUAGGGGCAAUAGAUGGGACACAUAUAAGUGUGCAAGUAUCAGAGGAAGACAAACCAAGAUACCGCUGGGAAGGAUCUGCUGCUGAUGGUAGAAUACUUCGUAGUGCUAUGAUUCGAGAGAAUGGAUUGCAAGUGCCUAAAGGUAACUACUAUCUUGUUGAUGCCGGAGAAAUGCCAUAUGAUCCUUUUGAUGAUGAUGAUGAAUUUAUUGACACAAAUAAUGACGCCGAUGACGAAGAUCUUGGCUCAAAUGUGGAACAUAUUACAACGACAUUGGAUGAUUUUUGUAUUUUUCUUUUUGGAUGA